AUGGAGAGAAGAGUUCUACAUCAAGCUGUUGUCUGUCCAGUUCCUAAGACUGUUUGGAAAGCACUUUGGAAGAUGCAAUUACCUCAUAGGGUGAAGCUCUUCAUUUGGAAAUGUCUCAAGAAUGCAGUGCCCACAAGACAAAAACUAUCUCAGUUUAAUUAUCUGGAUCAGUAUCAUUGCAACAUCUGCAAUUUUGAAGAGGAAUCUUUAUUCCACCUUCUUCUUUCCUGCAAUCAUUCUAAAUCUGAUAAAACUCUUAACCCUGAAAAUACAGUAGAUAGAAUUAAAUAUCAUAUGUCUCAACUUAGCUCAACACCUGUCACUAUAAAUAACUUAGCAAACAAUUUAAUAACUUGUACAGGUGUUCAGAGUCUCAGUCCUGGAGAUGAUGAUGUUCUCAAAAAUUUUGUGGAUAUUUCAUUUGAUUACAUUACUAAUGAAUGUGGCACCGGUAUGGUGCUUUGUAAUUCUGCAGGGGCAGUCUCAGGUGUCAAAGGAUCCUAUGCAACUAGAGUAAGAGAUCCAGAAACAGGGGAAUGUAUGGCUAUAAUGGAAGCUUUGAGUUGGGUUCGAGAUAAGAACAUCCUGAAGAUUCAAAUUGUAGCUGAUGCAGAAUCUGUUGUGAAAUCUAUCACAAUGGAAGAAUUAAUUGUUAGCUGGGAAAAUAAGAAAACUAUCAGAACCAUUAAAUCUAUUUUAUCUUCUUUUAAUUUAUGGUCAAUCACUCAUGUUAAAAGAGAUGGUGAUCGUUUGGAAGAUACCAUUUCAAAAAGAAUAAGAAGUGAUAAACAGUCUAUGGAAGAGUGUUACAGCUCUGCUCUUUGUAUUGAUACUUUUCUAGAGAGGUUUAUUGAUCAUCCUCCUACUUAA